CAGCCACUCAGACGACCACCGCCACUGCCACUGCCUCCUCAUCCCAGCCGCCCAUCAUGGUUCGAGUGCAGAUCAAAGGAGGAGUGUGGAAGAAUACCGAGGAUGAGAUUCUCAAGGCAGCCAUCUCCAAGUAUGGGAUGAACCAAUGGGCUCGUAUCUCUUCCCUGUUAGUGCGCAAAACACCCAAACAAUGCAAGGCUAGAUGGUACGAGUGGCUCGAUCCUGCGAUCAAGAAGACGGAAUGGUCCAAGGAGGAGGAUGAGAAGCUACUACACCUGGCCAAGCUCAUGCCCACACAAUGGCGUACCAUUGCGCCAAUCGUAGGGCGGACAGCGACCCAAUGUCUGGAGAGGUAUCAGCGCCUUCUUGACGAAGCUGAGGAGCAGGACAGGGAGGCAGGUGGCGAAGCCGGACCUUCGAAGCUGGGCCUCACCGGUGUCGCUGGUCCCGAAGCCGCACCAUCGGCCGAGGACGUGAGAAGAUUGCGGCCUGGAGAGAUCGACCCUGAUCCGGAGUCCAAGCCGGCUAGACCCGAUCCCAUCGACAUGGACGAGGAUGAAAAGGAGAUGCUGAGCGAAGCUCGAGCUCGUUUAGCCAACACUCAAGGAAAGAAGGCGAAGAGGAAGGCGAGGGAGAGGGCAUUGGAAGAGGCGAGGAGGCUGGCCAUUCUCCAGAAGAGGAGAGAGCUGAAGGCGGCCGGGGUGGUGAUGAGGGGACCCAAGGCAAAGAAAGGAGAGGUGGACUACAAUGCCGAUAUUCCCUUCGAGAAGCAGCCAGUCAAAGGGUUCUACGACACAUCGGAUGAGACGUCCAAGUCCUACCAAGCUCCUAUCGGACAGAAGAUGGGCCAUAUGGAGCGCAAGCGCAAGCCUGGGGAGGAAGACGAGGCGAAAAAGAAGAAGAACAAAGACGAGAAGAGUAAGGUAGACCCCUUCAGCGAGAACUCCGAACAGGUACGCAAGCUCAAGGAAGCUGAGCAAAUCAGCAAGCGCCGGAAGCUGAUGCUACCUGAGGCUCAGGUGGGAGAGCGAGAACUUGAGGAGAUCGUCAAACUUGGCCAGGCAGGAGAGUCGGCUCGUGAGCUAGUGGCUGGAGGAGAGUCGACAGAGGGCUUGCUAGGCAACUAUGAUGCUCUCGAGAGAGCCAAGAUGGCCAGGACACCGAGGACAGCCCCCGAAGACGAUGCUGUGAUGCGCGAGGCUCGCAACCUUCGAAAUAUGACGGCCUCUCAGACUCCACUUCUCGGUGAUGCCAAUAUUCCCAUGGAGGAAGGACUGCGCAGUGCAGGCGCUGCGCCUCGAUCCUCGGUGGCACAGACUCCCAAUCCACUUCUGACGCCCGCUCACCAUGGCGGGCGCGCCGGCGCAGGCCCGAGUGAGACUCCCAUGAGCUCCAGAGGGAGCAUGGUCUCGGCGACUCCCAGAGGAGUAGGCGGCCCCAAUGGGCUACCCAUGAGGACCCCCGUACGAGACAACCUUGGGUUGUAUGACGACGAUGCAUCCUCAAUGCUUGACGCUACGCCCUUCGACGAGAAGCGAGCUCGCAUGUCGGCCAAGUCGGAGCUUCUCGCUAGUCUGCGAAGUCUGCCUCAGCCCUCGAACAACUUCGAGUUCGUACUCGACGAAGAAGAAGACGAAGAAGAGGACGAUGACGGCAACUAUGAAGCAAUGAUCUCAAUUAGUGAAGACACGGCAGAUCGAGAUGCGCGGAUGGCUCAAGAACGGGAAGAGGCUCAACGAAAAGCCCUCGCAAGGCGGAGUAGGGUCGUCAAGAUGGAUCUACCACGCCCACCUAAUGUCGAUGCUCAAGCCCUUCUGGCCUCUCUGAAGAUCUCUGAUGCUUCUCCGGCGGAAAAGCUGGUACUGCGAGAGAUGGUGCAGCUCAUGAAGCACGACUCGAUCGUGCAUCCUAUCGCGGGCAGCAAAGCCGUCGGCGGUCUCCGCAGCGAUCUGCCCUUGCUUUCCGACGACGCAAUGGAUGCUGCUCGAGAGGAAGUCAGGGCAGAGCUGGCACGGACCGUUGGGUUCCCUGGCGCAAAGGACGAGGUGCUGAAGCGGAUGAUCGGAGCUCGCCUGCAGCCGGACGAGGACGGCGAAGGUGGAGAGGAAGGAACGCAGCUCGACGAAGCGCUUAAAGCAGGCCGAAAGCAGGUGGCCUGGUCUGCCGACAAAGCCGCUUGGGUGGCUCGGUCUGAUCUGUCUCCUACUCAGUACAAGCGCGGGCAAAGCGCCCUACUGGAUCUGGCCAAGGAGCAGAUGACCGAAGCGGCCAUGGCAGCGAGCAAAGAGGAGAAGCGUCUCGCCAAGCUCCUCGGAGGCUACCAGGCUCGCUCUAGCACCCUCGCCGCUUCCAUCCGCGAUCGCGCCGAGCAACUUUCCGCUGCCGGCGUGGAAGUAGCAGCCUUUGAGCGUCUCUCUGGAGGGGAGAGUCUUGCAGGUCAGGAGCGUGCGGCCAAGCUUGAAGAGGAAGUGCGUACGCUUCAGAGAAGGGAGGAGAUUGGACAGAACAGGUACAAGGAGCUGGAUGACCUUAGGAGGGGAUUGAAGGAGAGGGUUGAAGCUCUGAAAGAGGAGAGGGAUAUGCGCGAGGCGGAGAAGCUCAACGAGGAGGCGUUGGGUCAGAUGGACGAUGAGGACGAGGAGGAAGAGGUGGGACCGGCUGCCCCCAACGGCGUUGCAGCAUGAAACGAGUCUUGACAUGCCGCUGUUCACUCUACCAUUCAAUACGGAUCUGAAGAGUUUGCAUUUGC